CAGACGCCCAUUUGGUCGCGCCGAAGUUCGCGUCUCGCUCCCGCCUUCACCAAGCAAUCCCUUCAAAGCCUCUAUACGCCUGACGAGACCCUGAUAGUUUUAGGCGUAAAAAGUUGGCACCUGCCAUGGCCUCUACGCAAGCUCACUCUUAUGAGGUAGCCUUGUUCGGCGAAUUCUUUGCCAAGGACCUCCCAGCGAUUCUGAAUCGGAUAACCUUGCGCAGUGAGUCUGCGCAUCAGAUGCACGCUCGCGAGGUCGUAUUCGAGCCGUUCGACGUGUCGCACCAGCGCGAGACGGGAAGUGAGCCUGUGCUGCUCAGGGCGAGGAAAGAGCUACUUGAGCCUGAUCCCAAGUGGAUUUUGUUCUCAUGUUUGAAACCAGAAUCCGUUCGUGUAUACCCUGAAGCAACCGUUCGCCCUUGUGCUCUAUGUCAAGUGACAGGUGACGCACUCAGUUUUGCGUCUGCUCUAGGUUAUGUGCGAAGGUCGCAAAUCUAUAAGCGAGGGUAUGUUUUCCGAAGAGGAAUGCUUGUAAUACAGAUGUUCCAACAAGAGCAAGUCGACCUGAAGACUCAGAAACCGAUACCUGCGCAUACAGAUACGUUAUGGGAGGUCGAAGUGAAGACUGCUAUGCCUGUGCGGACACAAGACACCCCAAUGAAGGCAGCCAUCGACGCUGUUCUGGAGGUUCAACUUCUCAUGAAAGGCCUGCUGGACUUGAGAAGGCAGGAUGUGUGAGCAAGGGCGAUUGUAGAAGCGUCGAAUUGGUUAAGGACAUUGAGCAGGGGCGGCUAGAGAGCCGAUAGCAGGAAGUGCGAAGGCGAUGAGCAUAACCAAGUAACGAGGGAUUAUGCUUCCUCUUCCGAGUCGCCCCAGUCCACUUGUUCUUCGUCGUCGAAGCCGGCUAGCCGUGAGUCGCGCUCAGUGUCCCGCAGAGCUCCUGCUUCCCUGAGUUGCUCGAGGAGUUUCGCUAACGCCUCAGGAUCCUGUUCGUCUCCUUCGGUAGCCUCCACUUCAUCGUUAAACUCGUAGUCGCCCUCACCGUCGUCGGUCUCGCCAUCAGCGUCCUCGUCUCCCAACUCGUAGUCGAAUUGGCUCUCGAAGGUUUUUCGAGAAUCGACUACACUCGAGUCCUCGUCCUCAUCAUCACUGCCGGCGUAACCAGACAGCAUAUUAAAGACAUUCUUCUCCUCCUUAGCCUCUUCGUCGCCUUCACCCUCGCUCUCGCUGCCGUACUCACCGAGUAGGCCGCCCAGUUUCUUCUGUCCCUCUUUCUUUCCUAGCUUCCGUCUCUUGCGCCCUCUCCAGCUGUUGUCAUCGUCAUCGCAGUCCCUAUCACCGCGUACCACGGUUCCUCGGUCAUCCACAAUAGUUCCCGUGAACGCGCCGUCUUCCCAUAUCUCGAUCGUAGGGAACUCAACGAAGUGCUUGUGCUUGAGUGCUUCGGCGAGCGAUCUGUCGAAGGGCAGCUUGUAAAACGCUUGUCGUGUUAUAUGUCCUGGUCGAAGCCCGCCAUGCGAAUGAGCGGGCGACACGGCGGCUAGCGGAUCGAGCUUUGUCGACAUCACGCACAAGGGUGGCGUGAAUCCUUCUGGAUCGUCUGUGGGAGGCGUGAUGAGGUCCACUAGCCAUUCAGGUAAUGAUUUCUCUUUCUCCUUUUUCUUGGAUUGCGAGCGUUCUUGUAGACGAGCCUGGAAAUUAUCCAAGAGGGAGAGAUCAAGACGGUUCCGGUGGGUGAGCAUGCGUGUGGGCUCAGAGGAAGCGGAGGCGAGUAGGAAGCGUGGCGGGUGGAAGACGAGUUCUACCGUCAGAAGUGCAGUAUGAUGGCUGUGGCCACCGUAC